AUGGUUCUUAAUUUCAACGACGCGCUACCCUAUUUCCUUGACGAAAUCUACGACGAUGUUUUCCGUAUGCUUUCCGUGUUCAUCAAAGAUUCAUCUUUGGAUGACACAUCACUUUCUCUUCCCGAGUCUGAUCUGUCUCAUACCAUCAUUCGUCCGUCGUUAUUCACUGUAGUUGGGUCGAUCCGUGACCAAGCAUUCUCAUCCCAGGAAGCUACUGCCGUCAUCACGGUGCUUGACGAUAUCCUUUUCCCUCGGGAUCCAAGCCAUAUUGCAUCAUCGUGGAAAGAGCUAUGCGACAGAACUAUCUCCUUAAUGGUUGAUUUUAUAACAAUAAAUUGGGACCAUACGCCGCAUUCCUCCUACCGAUUUAACACUGCAUGUUGGGUGUUGACCAAUCUCCUUGCGAAGCGCAGUCCGCUAGCUUUUACUGUGUUCCUUGAAAAGCAAUGUCUGCAGUUUCUUGGAAACCAUACAUUUCGUGAAGCUUCGGUUGCGAUGGUUAGCGAGUAUGUUGCAGGAAUUUUCGCCAUGCAACACGGAUCGGAUGGAGCUGUGGAUGCAGCAAUGCUUCAGCUGCACAUGGACUACCUCCAUAACCCACACAAUCUUUUCACUGCGUGUUCUAUCUUGGCCACACAUGGCAUGAACAAUAACCGGAGUGUCAUUCACAGGAACAUCAUGGCACUGGUGCAGCUGCAUCCACGAGACGCUACCUGGGACGAGUGUCGCAGGAAACUUCGUGAUCUGGUAGAAAGUGAUGGCAGGGACUUUUUCAGUAAACAGCUCACAUGGACAGGCUAUGAUGAAAUUCGCCCACUGCACACCGACGAAAUCCAACUCGAAAAGGAAAACAUCAGAUAUGCGAUACAUGUUCUUGAUGACUUUUUUGACCACGAAGGUCAUACCGUGGUACCCUCGGAGUUGUCACCAGCAGCGACCACCGAUAGGGCACAUAGGUCACUUUUUGGGAUGGUGCCUUGGUAG